AUGACUAUCCUGACGGGUGCACCCUUAUCAUGGGCUAUCACUGCUACUGCUGGUUGUGGAUUCAUGCUCUUUGGUUAUGAUCAAGGAGUAAUGAGUGGUCUCCUGACUGGCAGCGCCUUUACAAAACAGUUCCCUGAGAUUGAUACGACAGAUUCGGGGACUGGGAGUUCCUCGUUGCAAGGCACAGUGUGGGUAUUCCAGAAUCCAAUUGGCUGCUUCUUCGGAGCCAUCUUAUGUUUCAUGUUUGGCGAACGACUGGGACGAAGGAAAUCCAUCUUGAUCGGAAGUUUUAUUCUUUCCAUCGGGGCAGCUUUACAAGCUAGUGCUUAUUCCAUCCCCCAACUUAUUGUUGGUCGUAUCGUCGCCGGGUUUGGGAACGGAAUGAACACGAGUACCAUUCCGGUUUGGCAUGCAGAACUCAUGAAGGCUCACAAACGGGGCAAGGGUCUGGCUGUUGAACUUGCUAUUAAUAUUUUUGGCGUAAUGACUGCUUACUGGGUUGAUUACGGAAUGAGUUAUGUUACCAGCGAAGCUCAGUUCAGAUUCCCACUGGCUUUACAAAUCCUUUUCGCUGUUCUGACCGUCAUGGGCAUCCUUGUCCUUCCCGAAUCUCCCCGCUGGCUCAUUGCCCACGACAAACACGAAGAAGCGAGACAUAUCCUCUGGGCAUUAGAGCUGAAUGCAGCAGUGAUUGAGCCCACGGACCCAGCAAUUGACAAAGAUAUGGCAGAAAUCCAACAUGCUAUUUACGAGGAAAAUGAAGCUGCGGCUGGAACUGGAGGACGGUUGGCUCUAUUCAAGAAUGGGCCUCAGAGAUUCCUGCACAGAACACUUCUGGGUAUCGGUGGGCAGUUCAUGCAACAGCUUUCUGGUAUCAAUCUGAUAACAUACUAUGCUCCUGUGAUUUUCGAGGAGUCUGUCGGCCUGUCCCAUAGCUUGUCGCUAUUGCUUUCUGGUUUCAAUGGAGUGGCGUAUUUCCUGUCGUCCUUGAUCCCAAUCUGGAUCAUUGAUAGGCUCGGCCGCCGAAAGCUCAUGCUAUUCGCUGCAGCCGGCCAGUGUGUUUGCAUGGCGAUCUUGGCCGGAACCGUUGCCAAUGGCGGCACAUCAGCAGGUUACGUCGCAACUGUGAUGCUGUUUCUGUUCAAUUUCUUCUUCGCAGUCGGUCUUCUCGCAAUUCCAUGGCUACUGCCCGCCGAAUAUGCGCCCCUCGCGAUCAGGACCCCCGCAGCUUCUCUCGCAUCCGCCUCGAACUGGAUCUUCACUUUUCUGGUGGUUGAGAUCACGCCAGUUAGUAUCAAAAGUAUUGAGUGGAGGACUUACAUCUACUUUGCUAUUUUCAACGCCUGCUUUCUCCCACUUAUCUACUUUUGCUAUCCCGAGACUCAGAAUCUGUCGCUAGAGCAGAUCGAUAAACUGUUUACUGGUGACAAGGUCUUGCUACACUGGAAGUCAUCAAUGGAUGAUUCGGAAGUUUCACAGAGCGAUCUUGUCACCACUUUUGCUGAGAAGCAAGAAGUCAAGCAUGUCGACUGA